CAUUUGCUUAACUUUUGAUUUCUUAGCCUAAAAUCCAACCCUAAAAAAUAAUCCAAAACCCUAAUCCGUAUCAGUAUAUUUGUCCAAAUUGUGUUAUAUUCGUCGUUGCUUUAUUCUUCUGCUCGGCGCACCCGCAGAAGCAUAACACCUUAGGAAGCAGGAGCAGCAACGACUAACGAGAUCAGCCGCCAUGGUGAAGUAUUCGAAGGAACCCGAUAAUCCCACCAAGUCCUGCAAGGCAAGGUGCUCUGAUCUCAGGGUUCAUUUCAAGAACACAAGGGAGACAGCUUUUGCCCUCAGAAAGUUGCCUUUGGGUAAGGCCAAGAGGUAUUUAGAGGAUGUUAUGGCCCACAAGCAAGCCAUACCGUUCCGACGCUUUUGUGGUGGUGUUGGUCGAACUGCUCAGGCAAAGAACCGACAUUCUAACGGACAAGGUCGCUGGCCUGUAAAAUCUGCCAAGUUCAUCCUAGAUUUGCUGAAGAAUGCAGAGAGUAAUGCCGAGGUCAAGGGUUUGGACAUAGAUGCCCUCUAUAUUUCUCACAUCCAAGUAAACCAGGCUCAGAAACAAAGGCGUCGUACUUACCGUGCACAUGGAAGAAUCAAUCCUUACAUGUCUUCUCCUUGCCACAUUGAAUUCAUUUUGUCCGAGAAGGAAGAGCCUGUCAAGAAAGAGCCUGAGACUCAAUUGGCAGCUAGCAAAUCCACGAAGUCCCAAGCCUAGGUGAUUCCUAUUGAGCAAUGCUAUGAAGGAAUGGUUUCUCACUUUUGUUUUUCCUUAUAUUUUGAAGUGGCUUUGAAUUUUUGCAACAUAGAAUGGGUUUAUUUUCUUUUGGUCUUCGAAUCAUGUUUAGUUUAAUGUUAUCUGAGAUUAUUAUUUUUAAUA